AGAUUCCCGCUCAUUUCCAGUGGCUCAGAGGAGGCUCGGACCAGCAAAUCGGCCCUCUGGAGUUUCAGGGAGUGGAACCCGAGGAGGGCCCCCCACCCCCGCCACCCCCAGGCGCGUCGGGCCCCACCCCGCCGCACUGCUCCUUAAAGGGCUUGAAGACCAGGGGCGCACGGCAGCAGCCACGGUCAUGGAGGGCGCGCUGGUGGCCAACUGGACCGCGGAGGCGGUCAACGGCAGCGAGGCGCCUCCGGAAGCCGAGGGCAACCGCACCGCCGGGCCCCCGCAGCGCAACGAGGCCCUGGCGCGCGUGGAGGUGGCCGUGCUGUGCCUCAUCCUCUUCCUGGCGCUGAGCGGCAACGCGUGCGUGCUCCUGGCGCUGCGCACCACGCGCCACAAGCACUCGCGCCUCUUCUUCUUCAUGAAGCACCUGAGCAUAGCCGACCUGGUGGUGGCAGUGUUCCAGGUGCUGCCGCAACUUCUGUGGGACAUCACCUUCCGCUUCUACGGGCCCGACCUGCUGUGCCGCCUGGUCAAGUACCUGCAGGUGGUGGGCAUGUUCGCCUCCACCUACCUGCUGCUGCUCAUGUCUCUCGACCGCUGCCUGGCCAUCUGCCAGCCCCUGCGGGCGCUGCGGCGCCGCGCGGACCGCCUGGCCGUGCUCGCCACGUGGCUGGGCUGCCUGGUGGCCAGCGCGCCGCAAGUGCACAUCUUCUCGCUGCGCGAGGUGGCCGACGGCGUCUUCGACUGCUGGGCCGUCUUCAUCCAGCCGUGGGGGCCCAAGGCCUACAUCACGUGGAUCACACUCGCGGUCUACAUCGUGCCUGUCAUCGUGCUCGCCGCCUGCUACGGCCUCAUCAGCUUCAAGAUCUGGCAGAACUUGCGACUCAAGACGGCGGCGGCGGCGGCGGCGGCUGCGGCUGCAGAGGGGCCGGAGGGCGCGGCUCUGGCACGGGUCAGCAGCGUCAAGCUCAUCUCCAAGGCCAAGAUCCGCACGGUUAAGAUGACCUUCAUUAUCGUGCUGGCCUUCAUCGUGUGCUGGACGCCAUUCUUCUUCGUGCAGAUGUGGAGCGUCUGGGACGCCAAUGCGCCCAAGGAAGCCUCGGCUUUCAUCAUAGCCAUGCUCCUGGCCAGCCUCAACAGCUGCUGCAACCCUUGGAUCUACAUGCUCUUCACCGGCCACCUCUUCCACGAACUUGUACAACGCUUCCUCUGCUGCUCCUCCGGCUUCCUGAAGGGCAACCGGCCGGGAGAGACCAGCGUCAGCAAAAAGAGCAACUCAUCUACCUUUGUCCUGAGCUGCCACAGCUCCAGCCAGAGGAGCUGCUCGCAGCCAUCCACAGUGUGACUGGGCUGGGCCAGGACUGCCUCCCGUGGCUCAGUUUGUGCCGACGUAGACAGUCCGCCUCUUGGUGGCCGUGUGCUUGUGUGUAUAAGGUACCUUUCAGUUUGCACCCUUCCACACCUUGGGGUAGCUUGAGUGGGGUGGGAAAUUCUGGCAUGGG